CCUCAAACAUAACUUGGGGUUCAUUGGUGCUCAACUCGCCAACUUAGAGAAUCGCUUUAGCGUCACUGACUACGGGGUACCUUAGCGGAAGACCGUGGUCAUUUGAUAUGGAGGUGAAAGGUUUGGCACCUGAUGGUUUCCAUAGCAUGAAAUCUAUGGCUGCACUGCUUCAUGGCUCGAAUAUCUCAAGCCACAUGCACCUACCACAGAGUGUUCAUCUGCUAUCAAAGGGCGACCUCUAUAGUCGCAUAGAUGAUUUGAGCUUCCGAAUGAGUUGGUUUCAGAGAACCAUAGAUCAAGCUAAAUACUUCACUAUUGGGAUCUUAGGUGACGAAGAAUUUAUGUACAUGGGUAAAGAAAUGAGCAUAAAGAGUGCAAUAUGAAGGCCUUGUUGUGUCGAGGGGAAAGGCGAGACUGCACCUUGGAAGAGCUUAGUGCGUGAGUAACUGGUAUGACGGAGGAAGCUUUAUCUUAGUAGAGGUUGACAAAUUGCAAUACCCAGCACAGGAACCCAGGACAUUUCGGUAUCGCAUCUUCAAAAAGAGAAAGUGCUACGAAGAAAUGAACAAUCGAGCCGCUGUUGGAACACUUGUUCAGACGAUCUGUG